UGUUUCACCCUUUUAUCUAGCUGUCGUUUUUUUUUUCCUUGAGAUAUUGGGAAAAGAUCAGUGUAUUUGUUUAGUAUAUGUUAUUCCCUAUCCAAAAGUAUUAUAUAACAAAAACAUAACAACUAAAGACAUUCAGCGGUACUUACAGUUUUGGAAUGUGGACUUGAGGAGUAGUCUUGAGUUUUUGCCAGGUAAACGAUAAAAAGGAAGAUCCCGAACUUUGUCCAUAACACAAUAACUCGUAAAAAAAGUGAUCACCGCAAAGCCUUAAGACCAAUGCAUUUUUUCCAACGAUAAUCGACUGAGGCGAAAUAAAGUUUAAGAAUAAACAACAUAACAAGUAAGCUCGAUCUACGUGUGGUCUCCUCUGCAAAAUCACCCCAAAUUCAGUGUAGACACAUGCUUAUCGUCAGCAUUCUAUGCCGUGCCUACUGUUACUCCAAAACGUUUACACCAGAACUGAUAGAAAGUUUCGAGUAAACAGGCUUUCCGUCGGUAGCUUCUAACCGCUAUUGCUGAAAGCCACGAACCCACAAAGUAAGGUAACGUUUGCGGUCUUUAACUCGAGUUUCAACGUGGGGAGGUUACGUAAACGCCUGACAGCAAACAAGGACCUUUCUGUCCAUGUUUUCAAAUUUGCUAUGGCAACAGUUUACUUUUUAAAGCCAGACCUGAUAACGUGUUCUUGUAGUAUUUUUCUCCGCACUAGUAAGAGCUUGUCAUCCUGAGUUUGAUCUUACUCACUCAUUUUUUCUGUAGCCAAGAAGCCAUAACGGUAUGUCGUCAGACAAUCACCCAAAAAGUUUCGGAGCAAAAGCCAGUAGUCGUAGGUUUCAGGCAAUCACCGUAAAAGUUUCACACCAGAACUGGUGCAAAGUUUCGGAGCAAAAGCCAGUAGUCGUAGGUAGUCAGUCAGGCAAUCACCGUAAAAGUUUCACACCAGAACUGGUGCAAAGUUUCGGAGCAAAAGCCAGUAGUCGUAGGUAGUCAGUCAGGCAAUCACCGUAAAAGUUUCACACCAGAACUGGUGCAAAGUUUCGCAGCAAAAGCCAGUAGUCGUACGUGGUCAGUCAGGCAAUCAGGGUAAAUGUUUCACACCAGAACUGGUGCAAAGUUUCGCAGCAAAAGCCAAUAGUCGUAUGUAAGUCAUGAAUGUUUUGUUUUGCAGUCAGACAAUCACCUACAAAGGCAUAUAACCUUAUGUCGUGCAUGCGAUGGUCGUGUGACGUCUAUAAGUUAUAGAAUCGAAAAGCGCAGUUGAAACGAAUGUAAAUAAGAUCACACCAAGGAAGGCAAGCUUUUUUGCUUUGGGUACAGAGAGACCCACCAAAGUAAAAUACAUGCAACAAUACCUUUAUCAUGAUCAGUUUGCUUGAAGCGACCGUCAUAGUAAAUUUGCGAACAGCAACAGUACUUCCGUUUUAAUACAGCUACAGAAAAAUUCUUGUAGUUUUUUGCAAUAAGAUAAGCCUAGGUGAAACCUUCGGUACGUUUAAAAAUCGAGUUGAAGACGGCAAACGUGACGUAACCGCGUCCUACUGCGUAUCUCGCGCUUCGCGCUCGCGCCUCUAAACAACCCCAAGCACCUUAAUGACGCCUUUUGCGCAGGCUACGGUUGAGUUGUAAGGGCGAUUAUUUUGUAGAAAGCAAUAACUUCAUGAUAACCAGAUGAAAAUAAAAAUUCUAAAGAAAAAUAUCCUGUUCUUCACAGCAAAUGGUUACAAAAAUAACAACAUAGUUGUCUAUUGAUUUGUUUAUUCAAUAGUCCAGUUUAAACCCUGCUUGCGGCAAUUUUAGGAAAAUGUGUAAAUUCUGUUCACAUUUGUAAUUUUCUUUCAUUUUUUGGCAAGAAAAUUGUAAACUAUUUUUUAUUCUUUUUUUCUACGUUGGCCAAAGAGCCUCUCAAAAGUAAUCAUGGCUGGUAACGCCCGCUGUCAAAUUUGAUGUCCUACAGCCGGGAAACAUCACCAAAAAAGUGUAAUCUGAGUCACUGUGUUCGAAGAUAUGAAUAAAUUUGCUAACAGAGCUCUUACAAUUUAUACGAUAAAAGCUUUAAGAGCAAGAAAUGCCUCAGCGUCAAAACAGAUACUGGUAUGAAAGUCAAAGAAUGACAGCCGUUCAGGAUUUACCCCGCUAUACUACAAUUUACUACACAGACGUUAGCAUUGAAAUGCAACGGCACACUUGGAUGUUGCUGAUGUUGCCUUUUUUAAAAACAACAGUUACUAUAACGGACGCGAAAUACGUCGAUAUACGGGUAGUACAAACGUAAAAUCGUCCUACCUUUCCGAUCCUAACAGAUACCUGUGCAGUUGUUAAACGCCUUCCAAAUGACCAUAGAUCGAGGAGGUUUCCCGUCCCGGCGAGCACAUAAAAAAAGAGAAAUUGGUUCCAACGGAAAUAUUCCAGAGCGCGCAAACCUGGACAACAUUAGGGGUGACGAAUGGCUUUUCAAAAAUGUUGAGUCUCGGCAAAUUUAAGCCGAGUCUCGUAAUCUCGGCGCUUAAAAAAAGCGUCUCGGAAUCUCGGAUUUCCCAGAAAUAUGACGGUCUCGGAGUCUCGGAUUUUGAAAAUUUGGAUCUCGGAGUCUCGGAUUUUGAAAAUUUGGAUCUCGAAAUCUCGCCAAUGGGACGUUCAAUUUUUUAUCCGCAAGCUUAUCCGAAACGAGAAAUUAAGUUUGGUUUGUUUGGGGUCCAUGCAGAUAUAAGCGUGUGAAAGCCGCAAGAUGCUGAAUAAGUUUAAAUAGCUAAGAAUCACACGGGAGCCGGCGAGAAAGUUACGGAAUUCUAACACUAGCUAACACUCAUUGACCUACUUUAGCUUUCUUUAGGGUGUCACAUGUAGCUACAUAUCAACACACCGCAAGGAGUUUUUCACUCAGUAGGUGUUCAGCGAAAACGUAAAAUAUAUUUUUUUAGUCCUUUCCACAACAAAAGCUAACAAAUAGAACAGUCUAUCCGUCUGUCCAUUGUCCUUCUAUCCCAAUCUUUUCACAUUGUAAGACUGGUAUAAGGUUGUGAAGUUAUUCACCGAAAGCCUGCUUGCAUGGUAAAAUAACGCUCCAGGAACUGAGCUACUGUGGCUUGUUGCCAGAUAUAGUCCGAAGUACAACACUACAACAUGAUAUACCUGCCAACUUUUUCUGAGAUAUAAGCGUGAGAUUUUUAUCCUGGGAGUUCUGGGAUUUUUGCAGACGACGCGAUCAUUUCCGAAGAUUCCCGAAGAAGUCCGAAGUCUUCCGAAGAAGUCCCAAGUCUUCCGAAGACGUCCGAAGUCUGCCGAAGGCGAAGUUAUCGAGAAAACGCUUAUCCACAAAAUCAGAGAUCGCGAGGAAGGUAUUGUUAUUUAUUCAUUUACACAUGGUUUUCGUUCCUUACAUGGGUCUGAGUUAACACACUUUUGGAAAUUGUGUCAAGCAAGACGGCAACAACUCACAUUUUUCAAUCAGGCGUGAGAAAUUGGCCCGCAGGCGUGAGCCGGCGUGAGAUCGAAGUUUUCAACCCGUAGGCGUGAGACUCACGCCUAAGGCGUGAGAGUUGGCAGGCAUAACAUGAACUAAAGCUAACUAAGAGUCUACUAAGCUUAACUAACGUAGCUUAACAUGGCUGACACAAAUAGCAAGCUCUGCGAUACACGAAUCGAACAAAACGCAUAUACAAAACCAAUGUUUUGGGAUGAGUCGAAAAAUAUUUGUUGUGAUGCCCACAAAGCUCAGAGCGCUGUAUACCAAGUGAAUGAAACUGCGUCUCAGAUUUUCUUUUAAACUAGGGUCUCGGCGUCUCGGCAAGGCUCGGAUUUUACCAUUCGUCACCCCUAACAUUGCAAACUAGCAUACCGAAUGAAAUCAGUUCUCAGUUCUCUCCGCUAAGAGACCAGAGUGCAUUAUUUAUUGGAGAGAGUUUUUGUAUUCAAUCGUCUCAAUAUUUGAUGGCAUUUAUGUGCAUUAGCGAAUGUACGGCAACCUGACAAAGAAACACAACCAUUUUGCUUACCUUUUGGCCACCUUAACAUCAGGUUUAAAGUAGAACGUAGGCCAGUAACUGAUAUGUAGACAGGCAUAAUAAAACACGAACACACAAAGGUGUUUUCUAUAAAGGAUCGACAGCGAAACGAAUAAAAACAAAGCGGUGAGCGGUGCUUGACUCAACUGUGUCAUUUUCUCUCUACGUGUAUCUUUUACAAGGUAUUCACAGUAAGACGUUCUGCUUACACACCCAAACAAAUUUCCGUUUUCACAGGCAAAAGGUGUCAUUUCCACAGCUCGCGUGGGGUGAUUUUCAAGCGCACUUACUUGCUUCGCCUGCUCUAAUAUCCAUAUAAAAAAUUACAGUGCGAUUGCCAGGAGAAAAAAUAUACCUUUUUAUCCAGCCAGAACCGGCAUAAACUUUUCAUAUUUUCAGCUAGCGAGGCGCUCAUUCAGAUUUCCCAGCCAGCUAAUUAGCCAAUGUUUUUUUUUUCAGCUAGCUCAAAUUCUGCGGUACUCCUGCCUCUUCCUCAGAAGAGAAUGAGAGGGAGCUUUGUACCAUUCACGUCAACAUGUUUUACUACUAAUGACACUGAUACGUUUAGACGCUUCACUGCAUGAAAUAAGUCCAAUUUCAUAGGCGACCCCCCUCGCUGCAGAAAAUGAAGUAAGCACCCCGGGUGCUGAUUUGAACAAUUUCUUCUCUCCACAAAAUGAAAACACGAAAAAUUUACUAUGACCAGGAUCUUUAAAGUUUAAUAACAUUUGAUUUACCGCUGCAGGAAUUUCAGGCAAACCGGGACCGUCACACCGUGGUUAAGAACAGUUUGCAGCCUACCAUAGUUGCACGCUACAUUCGGGUACAUCCUAAGACAUGGUAUAGCCAUAUUUCUAUGAGGAUGGAACUCUUGGGAUGUCCGUUUGGUAAGUUCUUACCUUCACUUCAAUCAACAUCCAGACUUUUUUUCGCUCUGAGAGGUGAAAUAAAUUUGAGGCGCGAAAAAUUUGACCGAUCUUACAACUGUAAACUCCUCGUACAACGCGAGUUUGGAAUUAGAAGGGGGCAUAAAACACGGGCGUUUUUGAGCGACGCAUGUCAACCGGAAGUGAAGUCUUUUUUAUUUUAGAAUUCCUUGACGAUACCAAAUUUGUAUUGCUAAGUUUCUUUACCCUUGUAGAGAAUAUUUGCCCAAACAUUUGUGCAAAUGAACUGCCCAAGAAUGAAAAAAAAGCCCACUUUCGGGGGCCGGACGUGGGUCGCUUAAAACGUCUUUUUGACUAGCCCGGGACCACGCUAUUUUGAAGGGAAAAGGCAAAUAUGGACUAGCUACUGGCACUAGGACAUUCUUGCUAAAAUCUGUGCCAAAAUGAAGCUGGUUCACGCACGCGCACUUCUUUGUAUUGGACAAAAUCUCGUCCUCGUUGUCGUCCUGUCGUCUUGGAGGAGUUAAAGGUCUCUAACAUCAGAUUUUACCAGUGACGUCAGUAACGUUACGUACUAUGCAGCUGACUGGAGCUAAAGUCAUUACAAAAGUUCAUGUGACCUCAUCAGUGUUUCUGUAUUCAGUUCCAUAACAAUGCAGUGGAUAUUAGCCCGUGCAGCUUCACCAAAAGCCUGUUAACAAUGCAAGCCUUAAGUAUUUAUAUUUCAAUUAUGGGCACUUAGGGUCCUAUAUAUAUGGGGUACCCAGCCUUAAAAACGAAAAACGAGGAAAAUAUAAUAUCCGCAGGGCCAUAGGCGCAAACUCUAGUAUUUCUUUACAAAUCUGACCAAAUUUUUCUAUGGUGUAAAUUAUAUGCACCUUCACUCUGAUGAAAUUAGCCUUGUUCUGGAGUUUCCAAGUAUUACUGACCUGUUGGAGGGAAACCAAGCUGAUGAAAUAAAAAGUCCUACAUACAGCAUGUGAAAAUAACUCUAAAUCAUGUUUUUUUUUUCAACACUUCAAUGAUCUUCAAUUCCUAAUAUGUAAAUGAGAACUCAAAUUUUCUCUUAUUUCUUUUAUAGUCCCCCAAACUGCAUUUCCAGUUUUCUGUGACAUGGACGCCGGAGGUUAGUGACAUAGAGCUAUUGUCUAGUGAGGAAUGAAUUAAUUGAUACACCCUUCAAGUAUUCCUGUCUUACGAAAUAAACGUUUUAGUAUUUGGAAUAAGGAGAAUUUUAACACCAGAAAGCUCAGACGGAAAAUUUCGAACUCCAGGUGCGAAUCGAAUCCACGAGUUCGAGUCUGGAUGCUCUAACCACUCAGCUAUAAUAAAACUAGGGUAUCUAAAAGAUAGUAAUGCUGCGGCACAUUGUUGAUACUGGCAUUAGUUAGGCCGUGAGACUUAAAAGAAUCGAAAAUGACAUUGCAUUGAAUGUCCUAUUUACAUGUUGCAAAGUACUAAUUACCAUCAGUCUACAGAAAGAACUCUCGGGAACGUUACAAGUGGUUAUCAACUCUGGUUUUCCCACAGUAAAUUGUAGGAAAUGAUAGAAAUUCAGAUUGUUUAUCCAUAUAUUUAAUAUAGGGUGUACUAUCUUUUCACUAGAAACACGAUACUUUUCUUGCUGUUUAUUGCACUUUAUUAAAUAACAGUUAUUUAGGUAUAUAUUUAUAGAAAAUAAAAACACAAAAAAACGGGAAAAAAAAGAAAGAAGGAAAAAAGAGUUGCGUGGGAUUCGAACCCAGCACCUUCGGCUCGACGCGACUACACCUAACCACUACACCACUGAGGCGGAUUACGUAAUCUCGGGGAAAAGUCUUUGAUUUAACGCCUUUUGUAUGAACCUUCCGCCGCCAAGAUGAUCACGCUGCAUUAACUGGUCUAUUAACAGUAAAAGAGACAAUGCAAACGCAUAUUCCAUGGCAAUGAAUGAAUGAACGAACAUAAUUAUGCUUUACAAACUUUACAAAACGACGAUACACGUCCUCGUCUGCAAAGUACGACGCAAUACAUAUGUUUUGUUAUCUCGAUUUCCGCUGUUAUUUUGAAGCGAAUGGUCAAAAUCACAUCCAUUUUCGUCUCAUACAGGUUCUUAAGAGUAGCAUGGCAUGACAUUUUCUCACUUUCACAUCACCUUCUAGCAAGCUGGAAUUUGUAUAUCCCCCGUGUUGCGGGGUCGAAGAGCAAAUGCUCAUCUUCUCGUCAAGUUUAACGCCUGGACGAGUCAAAGGCUCUUGAUUUGAAAUCCAAUCCCCAAGUUAACCAUUGUACUCGUCUGAAAGACUCCUGCGUGUCUUAAAUUUGUUAAGACCUCUAACCGUGCUUUAGAAAAUUUGCCACAAAGAAAACUCUGGGUCUGGGCGGCGAACGAUGCACGCUCUUCGUCGUGUUUACAUUUGAGUUGUCCCUGUCACAAUGGAGUCUGGUAAAAAGUAGCGAAGUGCACUCUGGUUAAAUGCAAUGAAUUCUGGUAAAAAAUGUGGUUAAAUGCAAUGCAUUGUGGUAAAAAGUGAUGAAUUCGAGAAUUCGUCACCCCUUCUAUAUUUCCUUUAAAUCCUGAUUAUGUUGCUGCUCGCUCCCUACGGUCGCUCCGCAGCAAUUAUUGGAUAGUCUAUGGUGAGCAGAGUCAAAAUUUAAUUGUAACUAUUGUUUAUUUCAAAUAUUUUCAAGUUCACAACACCCUUAGCGUUAGAAAAUCUCCAGUUCUUCAGUCAGCCUUCAGUCGACAUACUUAUUGGCCAUUUUGUGUUAUUUUUUUCUAUACUUUUCUUUCAGUAUCAAGGUUAUUUUGUCUCGACCCUCUCCUCUCUCUUAUUUUUGAACUGGUCCAUGAAAGGCUUGAAGUUUCCGACAGUGCAGCUUCGAGCCUUGCUCGCAGCAAUUUUGAAAAGAAAAAAAAAGUCGCCUGUUUUGCAGUCUGAGUCUAUUUGCCUUGCCGAAAUUGCAACGUUUGUUGCUUCCGUGGCGUCUUCUUUGAAAGUGCAGGGGCUUGAGCUCAAAACGCAGAUCCGCCACUUUGUAAAUUAGGAUGUAGAUCUCUUACUGAAAUUUUUGACGUCAUAGUUCUUAAUCGACUCACUGUGAUUAACGCUCUUUAUCUAGGUUGGACGAUGGUAUUUAAGGCUGUGGGCGGAGUGGAGAAAGAUGUGUAUGAAGUUUAUAAAUCUGAUCAAACCCUCUCCGAGGAUGAAGUGGAAGCUCUUAACGUCACUAACAAGUACCGCGAUCACUACAAGAACCGGAUAGUUUUGAACUGGGAAUUGUUUGACGCAUCUGAGGUACUCAAAACAGUGACAAUGUUAUCAUCUUUCUCAAACAGAGACCACCUCAAAACUAAGGCAAUAUUAAAUAGCUUGAAACAGUGCCCUCCCCCUCUUCCUUAGCCACGCCCAUUCCUAAGACAUGUGUUCAAGUUAUACUUGGAGAUGUACUCGUGCUGUAAUUAGAAAGAUGUUUUGCGUAAUACUGUCUAACUGCUUAAUUAAAAAACUGGAUAACUACUGCAGAAAUGUCUCGACCGGGCCAAAUAUGUGUAUAACUCAAACUGAAAUAUGUUUCAUUAACAGGCUCGAGUUAGUCUUUAUAAAGGAGGAAAGUCGAAAGUGGAACUGAAAUUCAACUCCAAGGGAACGGAUAAUCAAAACUGGUUUAGCGAUUCCAAACUGACUCACAGCAGCCAGUGGUCUGAUAUCAAAAAAGAGUCAAAGAACUACUUUUCAAUCAGUGGAGACACGACAAAGAAGCGGCACUUCUUCGUCAACCGAGCCUAUGCAGGAAAUUGCGCCGGUUAUACCGGAUGGAUGGUAAUUGCCGGAAAAGAAUGUGACUGGGAGAGGGGUCACCAACACAAAAACCCCAUACUGUACAGCAAGUUAUCGAAAUACACUAAAUGGGAGGAGAAAAGUGAGUCAACCAAC